AUGGCCUUAUCUAAACCGAAGGCCUUGUCUUUAGAAGACUGCCAUUGUCUCCUUUGUAUGGAAUUCCUCAUUGAGCCCAUAACUCUGCCUUGUAACCAUACGGUGUGCAAAACAUGCUUUAAAGCACUUCUCCGAAAAACAAAUAUAUUCUGCCCGUUUUGCCGCUUCCAGAUCUCCUCAUGGGCUCGGUACCAUUGUCAUGUAAACAGUUUUAUCAAUAAGGAACUGUGGGAACGGAUUCAAACUCAGUACCCCGAGGAAUGCAGGCAUAGGAUCCCUGGGGAAGAACGGCCUUCAUUGGUCUUCACGGAUGCUCCUCCAGUUCGAGUGCUAAGUAAUCCCGGGGAAUUGAGGAAAGAAUAUGAAGAGGAGAUGAUUAGGAUGGAGGCCGAGCGCCAGGCCAUCAAGGAAAGACAAAACCGAGCCACUGAGGAAUACAUAAGGCAAUUACUGGCAAAGGAAUUGGAGGAGGAAAGAAUGCUGGCAGAAAAGCGCAAACUGGAAGAACAACAGCAAAGAGAGAAGGAAGAGGCUACAAAGAGCUGCACGAGUGGUCCAGUCACAUCAUCGCCAAGAAAAAAAAAGAGCAAACAAAAACACUGUGAAAAUGUUCCGAAGUUUUCUCUUCCUCAGCCUCAGCUUGAGUCAGCAUGGCAGUACGAAACUGUGCCAGACAGCAAGAAAAUGCCUGGUAAGAGACAAAAAACUAAAACUGAAGAAAAUAUGUCAGCACCUACUCUGUCAACAAGUCCUGAAAAUCCUAAAGCAGGUACUUUAAACUCCAGUCAUCCUUUUUAUAGCUAUGAUGCAAAACUGGGCAGUUCAGAAGAUGAGGCACCAAAACCAAGCUGUUCCAAUUACAACUCUAAUAGACCAUCUAAGAACACUAAACGUGAAGCUACCACUCACUCUUCUGCCCAGAAAGAGAAUGUGAGCAGUGACGCAGGCAUAACAGAGGAAAUUGGAAAUUGCACAACUGAGGAAAAAGGAAAAAUGCCCCCUCCUUCAGGUAGUAAACGUACUUCUAAAAGAAAGCAUCAGGAACUUCCAUCUGAAGCAGCAGCAAGUGAUCCUGCCAUUUCUCAUGAAAUACCCACUAAAUCUUUCUUGGAUGACAAGGACACACAAGACUUCAUUACCAAAAAGAUGAUAGAUCUGGAGCAACUGUAUUAUGAGAAGCAUCUACAAGAAGAACAAGAUAGAUUAUUUGCACUGGAACUUCAAAGAGUACUGGAUGAAGAAAUGAAGGAAAUGUGGGGUGAAAAGUCCUCCCGGAACUAUGAAUUCCGCAAUAAUGACACCUCAGCAAAAGAAGAUUCCAAAGAUAAGAAGAACAUCUGA